AUUUCAUAGUUUCCUUAUACGUAGGAGAAAAUCUAAUUCACGCUUUAAUAUUACGGAUGUUCUGGUCGGCUUAUUUUCUACACAACUUAUUAUGGAAAGCUAUGCACUUUACUUCGAUUCGCUUGAAAUGCUGGCUGUUUAGAUAAAUUCCAUGAAUUCUACUAUAAUUACGUUAUGAAAUAUAACAUGCUAACACUUGAAUUGGAAUGUCACAUUUCAUUCUGGAUAACAUUUUAAAUAAUUAGUAUAAAUAUUUUAAUUUGUUUAAAGUUUAGAACAUGAUGGAUUUUCAGAUUUCACUAAAGGCGGUUUUCUUCUGUUUGAUGUCACAGUACAUACAUUAAUUAAAAACUUUUCUCAUUAAACUCUUUCAUUUUAAUUAAGAAAUAUUAAGAGCCAAUGAGUUAAUCUUACAAUGGUAAUAUUCUUCAAUUCUGGGUGAAAAGCCUACUUUUACGCAGAGUUCAAUCAUUCAGGCAAAAGCAACGUCGUGUAAGGAAGCGAUUCUGAAGUGGGAAGAGAAGUCCGGCGAAUCUGCGAGUGAACAGAAGGAAAUUCUACUAUGCUUUCAAUGGCCUCCUAUAGAUAAAAUGGAUAACAGUUUAGCCGGCCUAACCAAUGUUCAAAAGCUCUCUCUCUCCACGAAUAUGAUUGAAAAAAUAUCUGGAAUUAAUUCGUUGAGGCAUUUAAAAAUACUCUCUUUGGGUCGAAAUUACAUCAAGACCUUCUCUGGCUUGGAGGCUGUGGGAGAGCAUCUAGAAGAAUUAUGGAUAUCUUAUAAUAUGAUAGAGAAAAUUAAGGGUGUCAAUGUUUUGAAAGCGUUAAAGGUGCUAUAUAUGGGUAACAACCUUGUCAAGGACUGGGCGGAAUUUAAUAGGCUUCAAGAGAUUCCCCAUCUUGAGGAUUUGUUGUUUAUUAAUAAUCCCAUUUGUGAGAAUAUGGAUACUGAGACUUGGCGCGCCCAAGUUAUUAGAAGAUUGCCAGCUUUAAAGAAACUCGACUCAAUACCUGUUGUCCAUGGUGGUGACGAAUAAACGCCAGAUUAAUAUACAUUGACGAAUUUACGCAUCAAUAAAAAAUUUGUUUUCAUACAUAUAUAUAUAUAUAUAUAUAUAUAUAUAUAUAUAUAUAUAUUUU